CUGCAAUUGACACUAAUCUCUUGACAAAUGAUCUCUCAAAAUAAUCAGCCAGCAGACACAUGAUUACAUGCCGGAUGAAAAGGUUAAAAGUGCUUAAAUUUUUAUAUAUUUAAAUUAAAAAAAACACUUAUUUGUAUUCAGCAUUGAAUAAAAGUGAUAUCAAGUUAUAGGAAUUCAGUAUUGCUAUUGGUUAGAACAAUGUUCAUAUACAUAUUUCUGUUUGUUUUCGUGUUGGGUGCCUUAGGAUUGGUGAUACAUUUUUCCUUAGAUAAGAAAGUAAUUUACAAAGAUUUGAAAAAUAAACACGUAGUAAUAACCGGUGGUUCAAGUGGUAUAGGGAAAUCAGCAGCGGUGGAAGCAGCCAGGCUCGGGGCUCAUGUCACUGUUAUUGGGCGUGACACUGGGAAGCUUUCGGCAGCUGUUGCGGAAAUAACUGCGAACUGUAGAGAUAAAAAUAACCAGAAAGUUCAAUACGUUGCAUUAGACGUUACCUCUGAUUAUAAAGCCAUAGAAAAAAGUUUUGUAUCCAUAGAAGAGAAACUAGGCCCUAUAUUCAUGUUAAUCAAUUGUGCUGGAAUGUGUAUCUGUGGCCAGUUUGAAAAAACUGAUCCCGAUGUGAUUAAACAAAUGGUUGAUCUCAAUUACUUUGGCACUGCAUACCCAACACGCUAUGUGCUACAAGGAAUGAAGAAAAGAAACGAGGGACUUAUUGUAUUUGUGAGUUCUGAAGCUGCAUUAAUUGGUAUUUAUGGCUACAGUGCUUAUAGUGCUGGAAAAUGGGCUGUGCGUGGUCUAGCAGAGUCGGUGAUCAUGGAACUUGUAGGAACUAAUGUAAGGUUGACUUUAGCCUUCCCACCCGACACUGACACUCCCGGCUUCAAGAAUGAGGAUCUGACUAAACCAGAGGAGACAAAACUUAUAUCAGGAACAGCCGGAUUGCAUUCACCUGAUGAUGUUGGCAAGCAAAUGAUUCAUGAUGCUCUAACUGGCAAGACCUACUCCGUCUACAGUGUCUCUGGUACACUACUGACACUCCUCUUUGGGGGUUCCAUAGAUAGCCCUAUGCAAGUAGUUUUACAAGUAUUGUCUCUUAGUGUUGUAAGAAUUAUUAUGGUUGGAAUAUUAUUAUCUUUUUAUAACAUUGUGAGAGAUGGACUUAAGAAGAAGAAUGAGGUUAAAACAAAGUAAUGUUUAUUAUUUGAAAGUAUUGGAAAGGUGGGUAUUUAGAUUUUAAAUAAUAUAAUAUAUUGAUCUUUCUUGCAAGCAAAUCCAAACUGAACAAUAUAAUUCUUAUAGAUACUAGAUUCAUUUUUAUAGAUAUUUGUAAAAAUAAAUGAAUGUAACAUAAUAAGUACUUUAUUUGUUAUUCAGAUGAUAUGCCAAAGUAUAAAUAGUUUUGAUAAUGUAUGCAACAUAAAUUUAUGUAUAAUUAUUUCUGAUAUAUGCUUAUUUUAAUUAGUACUUAAUUACAAACAUUUUAUUUUAAUAUUUAAGACUAUUUAAGUAUUUUAAGCAGUUAAUUCCAAUUACUUU